AUGUCGACGACUCUGGAUCAUGGGUUUCUCUCGGCGACCUAUCGCCAAUACAAGAAGGAUACAGGCAAAGAUAGGAAGAAGGCCAAAGAGGCUGCCAAAAAGCAGCCCUCUGAAUAUCACAUCAGGACCGUUGACUUCGUACCUAUCGCCGAGGCUAUCGCAAAACAAGUCAAGAAAGUCAAAGUACCAUCUCCACUGCUGACAGUGUUUGGUAGAGUUAUCAAAGCUAGAAAAGAGGCACAAGCUUAUUACGGAUCAAAUCAACUUGCAGAUGAAGGACAUCAUCACUUCAUCAACAUACUGUCACGAGUUCAGGAAAUCUUGCGCCCUUUAGCUCCUGUCACCAAAGUCACCAAGCCAGAGAAGAGCGAUGGUGUCCAUAAUCGAUUUACGAAGCUGCCGGUCGAAGAAGCUGCCGACACCUUGUCAACAGAGGAUGUGAAACCAGAACCCAAGUUACUGCCGGUUGUCGCAGCGGAGAUCGAGCAGAGUGACGAAGACGCCGAAGAGGAGUUCUUUUUCGCAAUACAUCUGUUUCUCAAAGGGGUCCAUGAAAUUCAAGAGGUGGUACAAGAUUCCUGGUUCAAAUCAACGGACUUUACUCGGGACUACAUUCUGUCGGGUCUCCUCAGCAAUACCGCGAUAGAUCUUGUCAGACGGGCUGAGGGCGAACUCGACCUUCUUCUUAAGCGUCCCUCGAAAUACCCAGCAUCAAAGUUUCCUGUAUGGUGCCUCCCUGCGCUCCUGUAUCACCAUUACCGACCGUUGCCAGAUGGUGUCAGUAUUCAGAACUUAGUGGUCCCCUCGGAUGUUACCGUCAAGGCAAACAAGGACGAUUACGAUAAACUUCACGCUAACUGGUGUUUCUGGCCCGUCUACACAGGUCUGCGAUUCUGUGUGAAUCGUGUCAAGAAAUUCCCGUAUCUUGACGCCAACGAAGAGGAGCUUCAAGCGAUUGGUGCGGAUUCGGUCACGGACAUCAUGCGGACGUUCAAACUUGCCAAAGAAUUCCGAGUAUACACCUCAAACCAGAAUCGGUUCUGGGCACAAGAUGAAGUCACUCGCGGCAUGAAAUUAAUGUUCACAGACAAAGUCAUCCCUAUCUGGGUGACCUUUGGCAUCCAGACCCUUCUCGACAUCCAGGACAUCAUGGACUAUCGUAUGGGCGAGGGCGAGGGCAACAAUGUCCCGUUCAAUAACAUUCGAGGAAAACUGCUUUAUCCGGACGAUCCUGCUUGGCCUGACAUGGAAUACGUCCUCUACUCCCAAGAUCUAAAUCACGUCUUCUACGGCGGGAAACCUAAGUCCCUUGACGAGGCAUAUCGCAAACUCAACCUUGCUUAUGGCAACAAACUGCCGCGCGCGAACGGCCGUGGAAAAUCCGAGGCGAAAAACACAAAUCGUAUGUUCCAGAAGACGAGCAUAUUAAGUCCGGUUCUGGAGGAUCGGAUGACCGGAUGGAGCGACCACACCAACGAGUCCGUGGACGAGCUUGCCGGUAACCUCAAUGUCUUGCUGUGCAACAAAGCCGAACAAGGGAAACUAGCACGCCAGUUGGGCGCAUCACCGGAUUGGGUUGAAAGUGAGAUUGACACUCGCCGAAUCGUUCGACUGUUCGAGGAUGUUCCGGCAGAGGGCUCUCCUGUGCUGCUUCGUGAUUUGUCUCUCUUCAUAGAAGGCGAGAUGCAGAAUGUGUACUUCGACUGGAUUUCGAUGUACAUGAUCUGCGGAGAUAUCUGGAAAGACAUUCUAUUGGAACUGGCCGGAGACCCUAUCCUUGAGCCGCUCAUGUACGACCCGCAUCCAGGCAUAGGCUUGCAUGUCCUCAAGCUGCCCGCGGAAUAUGAAGACAGGCGUGGCAAAAUUGAUUUAGAUGACCCGGAGUUCGCACCACAGCUUCGAAAAGUAUGGGCCUGCAUCCAGGAAGCCAUUCGCAAACCUUCGAAACACGAAUACAACGAGCCGCAUAAAGGCCGCAAGGUCUGGGUCGGCGACGAGUGUCUGGCACAGCAAUUUUCUCGCAAUCACUUGACGGUAGCUUGGCAGCUAAUCGCUAGCAACACUUGUCAGCUGUUUGGCUUUUACGAGAAUUGGGAAUCUGAAGAUAUGCAUAAAAGUGCCGUGCUGUCGAAAAUUCAUCAUCACCAUUCCUUGAACGACGUAUAUCGCGACCGCGAAAUGGACCUACUGUUGGUAGGCCUCCGCGCGAAGUGCCUAAAAGAGAAAACUCACAUCGAAAAACGCUGUGGACGCUGUCGCCGACGGAACUUCUUCCUUGAGCAUUACGGCUCAGUCUCCUCGCUCAGAGGCACGGAAAUAGUCGACAAACACUUGGGACUGAAGUACCACGGGAAAGACGCCAAGAAGGUGGAAGAGGACGCGCCGCUCAAGGCCCUGGCCAGAAGCAUGUUUGGGAGCAGUGACAUUCCAUUUGUCGACGGCGACGAUGAGGCGGGGUCUGAUUCUGACUCUAACUUUGACAAGGGUGAGGUCAUAGCUGAGGAGGGUUACGCAAAGAUCAGAAGUACAGCAGACGGAAAGUACCAGGUCGAGAUGCCGAUCAGGGCGAUGUUUUCUAAACCCGGUAUUUGGGAGUGUUUGGCUACCUACUAG